GGGUUAUGUUAAACUGACGUGUUCGGUUUGUUUGGGUUUCUGUAUUUUCUAUUUGUGCUCAAAUCGUACUGUGAAGGUCGUUGGUUUUUCAAACAUUGAUUCACAGGAAUUUUGAUCAAGUUAAAAAUACUGCGGAUUUUAUGAAGGAAAGAACUACGUGCCAAAUAGCACACAUUGCAGACGGUCAACCGAGCCAUCGUCUUCUAGCUUCUGGUACAAUCUGUAUUCUCUCGUUUUUGGCUCUUCUACCGGUGAUAAUGGGCGGAAGAGAAGAAUUGCAAGCUGUGAUCGAAGGCAACGGUCACUUCACUAAGAAGCUCUACAAUGUCCUCGCCCAAAAAGAAGGCAAUGUGUUCUUUUCGCCAAUCAGUGCCCAUGCAGUGCUUGCGAUGGCUUAUCAAGGCUCCAAAGGCACCACACAUGAAGCCUUCGGCAAAGUACUCGGCUUUUCCGGCCAUCUGCAGGCUGCCGAAGGCUACAGCGAUGUGCUGAGCCAUCUGAACAAUGUCCCCAACGUUCAACUGUUGAUGGCCAAUAAAAUCUUCGUCGCAGAAGAUGCUUCGUUGAAGCCAACGUUCCAGGAAAUCACUGCCAAAAAAUUCCUGUCCGAAGUGCAACCCGUGAACUUCGGCAACAAUAACGCUACUGCCAAGUUAAUAAAUGGAUGGGUUGAAGAUAAAACGCAAAAUAAGAUCAAAGAUCUCAUUUCUCCUGAUUCUCUUAAUUCCGCAACUCGCCUGGUGCUGGUUAACGCCAUCUACUUCAAAGGAACCUGGGCUUCCAAAUUCGACAAAAGCCUCACGGUAACCGAUAAGUUCUACUUGAACGAUGUGGAUUCCAUCGAUGUCCAAAUGAUGAACAACAAGGGCAAGUACUUCUUUAAAGAAGACGAGGCGCUGGACGCUAAAGUUUUGGAACUGCCCUAUUCAAACCCUGAAGUGAGCUUGAUCGUCAUUCUCCCCAACAAGCGUAAUGGCAUUGCGCAGCUAGAGGAAAAACUGGCCAAUACCGAUCUGUCCAAAAUCACCGAAAACAUGUACAAGCCAGAGGUUGUUGUAAAAUUGCCCAAAUUCAAAAUCGAAGCUACCAUUCAGAUGAACGAAGUUCUCGAAAAGGUGGGACUUGGCGUGAUUUUCUCCCAAGGAGAGGCCAAUUUCAGCGACAUGCUGACCGGUAGUGAACCUUUGUACGUGAGCGAAGUGAUCCAGAAGGCUUUCAUUGAAGUCAAUGAGGAAGGAACCGAAGCUGCAGCCGCCACUGGUGCGGUAUUCCAGAUGAGAUGCUUGCCAUUUGUCCAUGAAUUCACAGCCGAUCAUCCAUUCAUUCUAGCUUUGGUCGCCACUCAGGAAAACAUCGACAUGGUUCUGUUUUCUGGACGCGUAAUGACCAUUCCACAGUAGAAAAGUGGGCUCUGAAGACGAAAAAAUCAUUAUAAUUGUGCACUUUCGAAAAGGCUUUAACACUGCUUAACACCCUGUAUAGACGACGUUCUUUUCACGUGCUCCAGUCUAUCACUCCACUAAUCAAGCUAAGCAAAGAGCGCAAAGACGUUAGAACUUGGCAAAAAUACCAAAUGGACUUCGAGGCCCAUUAUGGUUGCUUCGCCAAAACAGGAGUCUCAAUUUUAUUAAGGAAAAUCUUUGGUUUAGGGUUUUUUGAUCAUAAAAUGUCGCAUUCGCCUUUUAAUCAUGAUCUUAUAGAACAUGCGGUGUUUCAUGUUAAGGUGGUCUUAUAAGAGAAACCCGCAUUAUCCUGGAUUUUCUGCAAUAAAAUCCGUCUAAGAUUUACAACGAUUAGAAAGCCAGUAUUUUCUACAAACUGUCUGUUUUCUCCAGAUUCUCAAAUUUGUGCUGGUUUGAAAGCGGCGAAUUUCUAAAUGAAUCCUUGCAGUUGCGCCAAAACAGUCAUUUUAGGUCCAGGAUUUGCAAAGUUGUAAAAAAUCGGAAGGCGGUUUGACUAGAAUUUAUCUUUGACUGUUUUUAAUUUUAUCUGCUUUCUUCCGAAUUCGGAAAAUUUCAAGUUACUUGUUCCAGAUUAAAAGAUGUUUUUUUAACGGAACGCAUGCGGUUGUUGUUCCCGCGCUCUUGUAAUUUCAGUGCAAUUUUUUUAAUUUUGUCAAAAAUCACAAUUAGUUCCAUUUUGCUUGAAAUUUUGUGCAUUUUUAGGCGCARYUGUUUUCUUUAKAUUGUCAAAAUUUCAAGUAAAUACUUGUUCCAGAUUAGCAGUUAUGCAUUUUUUAGCGGAACCAUGCAUUUUUGCCAAAACCGUAAUUUUUGGUCCAGACUUGGCACAGUUGUAAAAAGUCAAAAGGCGGUUCGAUUUGAAUUAAUCUUUGAGCGUUUUUAAGUUCGACUGUUUUCUUCAGGCUGGGAAAAUUUCAAGUUACUUGUUCCAGAUUAAAAGAUGUUUUUUUAACGGAACGCAUGCGGUUGCUGUUCCCGCGCUCUUGUAAUUUCAGUGCAAUUUUUUAAAUUUUGUCAAAAAUCAUGGUUAGUUCCAAUUUGCUUGAAAUUUUGUGCAUUUUUAGGCGCAGUUGUUUUCUUUAGAUUGUCAAAAUUUCAAGUAAAUACUUGUUCCAGAUUAGCAGUUAUGAAUUUUUUAGCGAAACCAUGCAUUUUUGUCAAAACCGUAAUUUUUGGUCCAGACUUGGCACAGUUGUAAAAAGUCAAAAGGCGGUUCGAUUCGAAUUAAUAUUUGAGCGUUUUUAACUUCUACUGUUUUUUUCAGGCUGGGAAAAUUUCAAGUUACUUGUUCCAAAUUAAAAGAUGUUUUUUACCGGAACGCAUGCGGUUGCUGUUCCCGCGCUCUUAUAAUUUCAGUGCAAUUUUUUAAAUUUUGUCAAAAAUCACAAUUAAAUCCAAUUUGCUUGAAAUUUUGUGCAUUUUUAGGCGCAACUGUUUUCUUUAGAUUGUCAAAAUUUCAAGUAAAUACUUGUUCCAGAUUAGCAGUUAUGAAUUUUUUAGCGGAACCAUGCAUUUUUGUCAAAACCGUAAUUUUUGGUCCAGACUUGGCACAGUUGUAAAAAGUCAGAAGGCGGUUCGAUUUGAAUUAAUCUUUGAGCGUUUUUAACUUCGACUGUUUUCUUCAGGCUGGGAAAAUUUUAAGUUACUUGUUCCAAAUUAAAAGAUGUUUUUUACCGGAACGCAUGCGGUUGCUGUUCCCGCGCUCUUGUAAUUUCAGUGCAAUUUUUUUAAUUUUGUCAAAAAUCACAAUUAAAUCCAAUUCGCUUGAAAUUUUGUGGAUUUUUAGGCGCAACUGUUUUCUUUAUAUUGUCAACAUUUCAAGUAAAUACUUGUUCCAGAUUAGCAGUUGUUAAUUUUUUACCGGAACAAUCAACUUUUGUCCGUAACCGUAAUUUUCGGUCUCGACUUUGCAAAGUUAUCAAAACCUAAGAUUCUCUGUGCUUGGAGUGAAAUUUUUAGGAUUGAUUUAUUCGCCUGUUUUCUCCGGACUAUGAAAGUUUCAGACCGCUGCCUGUUCUAGAUUCAAAGUUACGAUUUUUUUAAGAAAACAGUGCAGUUGAGCGCAAUUUUUGGCAUAGUAAAUUUGGGACCAGGUUUUCAAAACUUAAAAAACACAUUCAAGGCGUUCAAAUCCCUUUCUGCAAAAAAAACAGUGAAAUUUUAUAAUUACUUAUAAGACUCCAAUACAGUAUGGCAAUGAAAGUAACAAACACUUAAAGUAAUCAUAAAGAGACAUUUUUCCAGUUCUUACCUUAAACUGUCCUAAGAUCUACAAUGUUUAGAAAGCCAGAAAAUCCCGUACGUAUUUUCAAAGCACUUCAUUUGCCAUCCUCGUCACCUAGUUUUUGCUACGUUUCGCCAACACUACUGUAGUGCACCUUCAGAGGUAGUCUUUUACGGCUCCCAAGUGCAAAUAUCAGUGAAAACAUACCAUAACAAUUACAGUGCAUGAGAUGGGUUCAAUGGCUGCAUGGGGGUUUCAAUAAGGCAAAAAUCUCCAUCAGAUUGGGAUUCAGUAAUUUUUUGAUUUCUUCAUUAGGCAUUCAUAUAAUGCCUCGAAUGUCUAUUG